AUGAUGCCCACACUCAUGGGAGGUGUUCUCCCGGGACAUAUUCCGACCGCCUACCAAACAGAUGCCUUAUUCGAUGACCUGUCAAGACAGAUGGCCAUCUCUCAGGCAUCUCGGAGGUUAUCCAGGGGCUCCAACGGCCAACGGAACGGAAACGCUAUGCGUGUAGCAAAGCCCACCAGCGCCAACAACAGUCCGAGGUCGUCAUCAGCAAUACAGGCCAGGAGAAGGACUGUGGUGAACGACGGGAAUUUGGCGAGGCGGAGACAGCAGCCCAUGGAUCAAGUCACCAUGCCCGAGUAUGGCUCUCAGUCUCGACCUAGCCGACCUCUCAGCUGGCACCCUUCCACCUACCAACACCAACAACACAAGAUGCCCGCUGCCCAGCACAUGGCUUCUUACCCGUUCCCUCCCGCCGCGUCGGCCUACGACACUGACAGCUACAACUUUUAUUCGCAAUUCCCCCCCACCCCGGCGGCUUACUCGUGCAACACAUCACCUGUUGCCUCGUUCUCUCCCCUCUCUCUGCCCUUUGGCACCUACGACAACUCUGCUGCGUAUCUGCCCGUGGAGGGCUGGAACGUUCCCCAGCAAGACCCUCCGGCAUAUGUCUCGUCGGAGGCUGCUGGAUACGCAGAGCCCUUCCCGGCUCUCCCCACUACCCUGCCUGACCUCACGCCGUCUUCCACUUCCACGCAUUGGCACUCGUACCCGAUGGACGGCUUUCCCAGCACUUCUCCUCCCACUCCCGAGACGCUGCCGCAGGCUCAGCAGCCUCAACCCAUUGUCCCAAACGAGGACACCAUCCCUUACCAGCCUCUGGACGAGCCUGAAGAGGAGGGCGAGAUCCUGGUCGGCAUGGGCCUCUACGACGCGCCAGACAAGUACGACCAAGACCCUCAGCUCGACGCCUCCAGGUCCGCCAUGUCUUCUCUGCUCGGCGCGUCAUACCGUCCCCAGGAGGGUACCGGCAAGGGCCUGAAGUUGGAGGAGUCAUGGCAGCCCCCUGACAGCGAUGAUGAGGACGCCGACCAGGACGAUGCUGACGGCGAGGAUUCUGAUUAA